AUGCUGGGCUUCGACCUCUCCCUCGUGGCGCUCGCCGCAGCCGCGCUCUGCUGGCUCAGCUCCGCGCUGCGCCUGAACGUGAACAUGGCGGCGUUCCUGGUGGGGCUGGCGUUCCCCAGCGAGGGCCGGGUGUCCAGGCUACUGGUGAGCAAGACCAAUUUCGUGCUCAGCUCCUUCGUGUUGCCGCUCUACGUCGCCCACGUCUGCCUGUCGCUGCGCCAGACCACGGACGACAUCGAGGCGGCGGGGCUCACGCGGGACGACGGCUUCCGGGCCUACGUCAUGGAGCUUCCGUUCCCGUGGUGGAAGGUCUUCUUCGUCACCGUCAUGGGGACCCUCGGGAAGCUCACCGGGUGCGCGGCGGCGGGACUCCUCCGAGGUCUGGGGAUUCUGGAGGCGCUGGCGCUGGGGAUGCUGCUCAACGCGGCGUUCGACGCCGGCAUCAUCACGGACAAGUCGUUCAUGGCCAUCAUCUUCAUGGUGGCGCUCAACGUGGCGGUGACGCCCAUGGUCGGGAUGGGCAUCGCGUCGUGGGCGUGGCGGAGCGUGCAGUGGCGGCUCAUGGGGCUGCAGCACCACGACCCGUCCACGGAGCUGCGCCUCGUGGUGGGGCUGCACGGCCCGCAGGACGUGCCGACGCUGUCCUACAUCAUGGAGGCGCUGCGGUGGGGUGGCGGCGCGGGAGGAGGCGGCGAGCUCGCCGUGUACGCCGUGGACAUGGUGCAGAUGACGGACCAGACGGCGGCGGCCAUCGUGAAGGGCGGCGGAUUCGACGGCGUGACCGUGGUGGACGAGGAGGUGUCGGAGAUGCGGAAGCUCAUCAGCGAGGCGCUGGACGCGUACCAGGUGGAGUGCGGCGGCGGCGCCAAGGUGAAGCGGGCGGACGGCAGCAUGGAGCCGGGCCACCACGGCUUCCGGGUGGUCAACCAGAAGGUGCUGCAGCUGGCGCCGUGCUCGGUGGGGGUGGUGGUGGACCGAGGCCUCAGUGGGACGCAUGCAUCCGUCGUCAGCACCAGCUCCCAGUCCCAGCAAUCCCAGACACAGCAGACCCAGACGGCGGCCGUGGUGGUUGUGUUCAUCGGCGGCGCGGACGACCGCGAGGCCCUGACGCUGGCAUCCCUGAUGUCGAAGCACCCGGGCGUGCGUCUGACGGCGCUGCGCGUGGUGCAGAACGCGACGGCGCAGGCGCGCGCCAGGGCCCGGACGAGCCUGUUCGAGAGCAAGGGCAGCCGGCCCGGCGGCAGCGGUGGCGGCAUGAUGGGCGCCCCGGCGUCGUCAGCGCUGGGGCAGGAGGAGGCGCAGAUGCAGGUGGACGACAAGUUCUUCGCGGAAUUCUACCGGAAGCACGUGGCCGGGAGCAAGCAGCCAGGCGCCGCCGUGGCCGCCAUCGGGUACCUGGAGAAGCACGUGGCGGACGGGGCGGAGCUGGUGGCGGUGCUCCGGGGCAUGCAGGCGGAUUACCGGCUCUUCAUCGUGGGGCGCGGCAGGGACCGCAGCUCGGUGCUGACGGAGGGGCUGGACGAGUGGGACGAGUGCCUGGAGCUGGGCCCCGUCGGCGAUAUCCUCGCGUCCUCCAACUUCUCCACCACCGCCUCCGUGCUCAUCGUGCAGCAGUACGACGCCAAGAAGCACUACAAGGUCAUCGACGAGGAGUUCAUGCCCUUGUAG